AUGUCAAAUUCAGAAUCAGAACCGAUGUUUACUUCGUUUGAUGGAGCUAUUAGAGUAUAUGAAGUCAACAGAGCACAUCGAGCCUUUUCCUUCGACGUCACAUUCCAGCUAGACCACCCACACCUUAUAGAGCUGGCAUCGACACAGAAACCACCCCUGCACUUUCACCCGUAUCAAGAUGAAUACAUCGAGGUGCUGGAGGGUACACUAGGCGUUGAGAUUGAGGGAAAGGAGCAUAAGUUGGUCCCAGAGGACGGAGAACUCCUCGUAAGGCGCUGGAAGUCUCAUCGUUUAUACCCCGUCGUAGACUCUGGUGCGAAGACGGUGCGGUUUCUCCUUUCCGGCGAGGAAACAUCCCAACCUUUCAAGCUCGACGCCAUCUUCUUCCAGAAUUGGUACGGCUACCAGGACAAGGUUAUGCUAGAAGGGGGUAGAUUUGAUCCUAUUCAAGUGAUAAAUAUGUUCGACGCUGGCGACAGUUAUCUUUCCUUUCCGGCAUUUUUACCUUUUGGAAAGAGACUUGCACAGGCUGUAGGAAUCGUUAUUGGUAGAUGGCUGGGAGGGCUAUUGGGGUACCAACCAUUCCAUCGUCAAUGGACCACCGAUUGGCAGACGGCAUGUAAGAGGAUGGAAGCAUCUAUAUUCCUAAAGCGAUACGCGCAUUAG